GGAUCCGGAGCGAGAAGUUCAUUGAUGGUAUAAACGGUGUGAUUGUGCCGGUCUCUGCUCUGUAAAGCUGCUUUAUUCUUUCUACUGGGGUUUAAAAUCGUGUUUUUGGGGUAAAAUGGACAUGAAGAAAAGGAUUCACCUGGAGCUGAGGAACAGGACGCCUUCUGAUGUGGGUGAGCUGGUGCUGGAUAACUGUCGGUCUGAUGAAGGGAAGAUCGAGGGUCUGACUGCAGAGUUCGUUAAUCUGGAGUUCCUCAGUCUGAUCAACGUGGGUCUGACGUCCAUCUCCAACCUCCCCAAACUGAGCAAGCUGAAGAAGCUGGAGCUGAGUGAUAACCGGAUAUCUGGUGGGCUGGAGGUUUUAGCUGAGAAGCUUCCCAACCUCACGCACCUCAACCUGAGUGGCAACAAACUGAAGGAUCUGAGCAUGCUGGAAGCACUGAGGAACCUCCCGCGGUUGAAGAGCCUGGACCUGUUCAACUGUGAGGUGACCACGCUGGACGAUUACAGGCCCAGUGUGUUUAAGCUCCUCCCACAGAUCAUCUACCUGGACGGGUACGACUGCGAGGAUCGGGAGGUGAGCGAUUCGGACGGAGAGGGAGGAGACGAGGACGAGGAUGAAGUGAACUCUGAGGGAGAGGAGGAGGAGGACGAUGAUGACGAGGAGGAGGAUGAGGAAGACGAGGACGAUGAGGAUGAGGAUGUGAGCGGAGACGAGGAAGAAGACUCUGGUCAGGAGGACGAGGUGGACGAUGAGGAGGAUGACGAUGAAGAUGAUGAGGAUGAGGAAGACGAGGGGAAGGGAGAGAAGAGGAAACGAGACCCGGAGGAUGAAGACGAGGACGACGAUGACGACGAUUGAGCUCCAGCGGCUGUGAUAGUGUGUGUGUGUGUGUGUGUGUGUGUGUAUGAGUGUGUGAAGUGUGUUGGAGGAUUUUUUAAUGCGUCUGACUAGAGAUCCACUGAGGUGUUAUUUUUUUUAAAUCCCGCUCUGACCCCCCCACCCCACCCCACAGUGCCCACCCACCCACCCCCUCCACAGUCUGUCUCUUUAUUUUACUUUCAGUUCCGUUAUUUUUUUUGUUCCUCUGAACCAAAUACAGACUUUGUAAAUAAAAUCUCUUUUCUACGA